AUGUCGAGCCAAAACAAAACUGCAAAUGGCAGCUCCAAGUUCAGUGCGGAGAAAGAGAACAUAAAGGCAAAGUCAAAGGAAGCACAGGUCGUGGUUCAAGGACAGAAGGUAGUCAAUGGUAGCUUGGUGGACGUUGCAGGACCGCGACCCAGCCACAAAACAGCCCCGCUGAUUCGGCCAAAAAAAGAUGCCAUACCGCUCCAGGUGGAAACCAGCUCCUCAAAAAUGUUCAGCUCAGGACUUCGACGCCAUCCACCAUCACCCAACAAGAACAAAUUGAAGCUUGAGCCUCAAGGUGAUUUCAAUGGUGGUGACCUUAAUCUUCUUGAUCCCAAAAGUGCUGAUUGGGGAAAGACAAUCAACAUUGCAGAUAUCCAGCGUAAAAUGAAGGAACAAUUGAAUGAGCCGGUUUCAGCAACUCACCAGAAACCUUCGUUUGGAAUCUAUGCUGCUCGGAAAGACACAACCCAGUCCGACAGACUGAAAGUGAGUGCAGAUCAACAAGUAAAGCUUCUCACGAAAAUGCUGGAUGAGGCUGGUGAUACGGAUAUCGACGUAAAUGAAACCCUGGAGGUAAAGGGCCUAAAACCUUUGUUGCUACCUCAUCAGGUUGCUGGUGUUAAGUUCAUGCUCAAACGCGAGCAAACUGGAUCAAAGAGCGGUGGGUUCUUAUUCGACGAGAUGGGUCUCGGUAAAACAGUGCAAAGCAUAGCAUUGAUUCUUGCCAAUCGGCCGGAUAAAGAGGCAGAAGGACCGAAAACAACCUUAAUUGCGCUACCUCUUAGCUUGCUGGAUCAAUGGAAAGAAGAAAUUGAACAGAAGGCAACCGGAAUAAAGGUUAUGAAAUACCAUGGCACAAAACGUGUAGCAAAUUUUGGCGAAUACGAUGUCAUUUUAACCACGUACUCGCUCAUUUCCAAUGAGUUCAACGAGAACGGCAAAAGUGGUCCGCUAAUCACGACCCCCUGGUACCGGGUUAUAGCCGACGAGGCACAUACUUUCCGGAACCCUGAGUCACGUACUUCAAAGGCUAUGGCUGCACUCAAGUCCUCAGGAAGACGUUGGGCUUUGACAGGCACGCCUGUACACAACUCAGUCGAAGAUCUUUAUUCACUGUUCCGAUACGUGGACCUGAAACCUCACAGUGAUCGUGGAAUAUGGGACAGAGAUAUCGGUAGAAAAUCCAGCACCAAGGGUCCUAAUAGCCAGGCCACAAAAAUUUUGAAAACUUACUUGUCGGCUUCGAUGAUUCGCAGAAAACAAGAUAUUCUAGACAAGGUUUUGCCUCCAGUGAAGAGAGAAAUUUUGAAGGUCCCUCUGAAUAUGAAGGAACAGACGCUUUAUCAGAAGGUCCUGAAGCCAUCGUAUUGCAAAGGAGUGACAAGAAUUACAGCUAUGCGACUAGCGUGUGAUGGAUUAACUAUUGCUUCUAAGACUGAAGAGGAUCUUGUUGAAGACCUUGGACAAGCAGUGGAAAGUAUCACUCUUGAGACAAAGAGUGGUGAUUCGCAAGAUGAUAUAGACGAUCUUACGGAGUUUAUGUCGAAGACGUCGCUCGGCACAGACGACAAGUCUGCGGAAGCAGAAAAUUGUAAAGUCGGAGCGCUUAGAAAAAUCCUCAAAACAAAUCCAGGUCCAAAAACGGUUGUUUUCACUUCGUUUGUCAAGUUCUUCAAUCAGGUCACGGACAUGUUAGAUGCUAUCGGGAUGGACUACCUGCCCUACCACGGUUCGCAAAAUAUUGUUCAGCGAGAACAAACAUUGAAAAGUUUCCGGGAGGACCCAAGUAAAAAGGUGCUUCUAUGUUCACUACAGUGUGCAGCUGUCGGCUUGAAUAUUGUGUGCGCCAGCCGAGUUGUGCUAAUGGAGCCAUGGUGGAACCCCAUGAUUGUUGACCAAGCGGUUAACCGUGUUCAUCGCUUGGGUCAAACAAAGCCCGUCGAUGUAUACGAAUUGUGUGCUACAGGUACGUUGGAGGACCGCAUGUUCCUGAUCCAGGAUCGGAAAAGAAAGUUAGCCAGCAACUUUGUCGAAGGUGGCCAAAAGCUCUCCAAACAAGAGAUUGAAUACCUCAUUUGGGGUGGCAAGAUACCAGAUAGUCUUGGUGGAAAACUCGUGUAA